UUCACUUAGCAUAGAGCAGGACAGCCCUGCAGGGUGAGCAUGUCACUCACUGCCUGUGACUCCUCAGCAGCCGGUGUCCCGUUUCCCUUCGCGACGCAGUACGUCUCGGCUCUAAUCAAGUGUGUGAUGGUAUUACCCUUUAGCACUUGUAGCCCACCGGGGAUUAUCACCAAGAGCUUCUGUGCUGAUGUUUCUGAAGCAUGUAGAGGCAAGUUGUCGGGAUGUCAGAGAGCUGUACAGAGAGCGCCAGCCCACAAGAAACUUCCAGCUGGCUGCUUCCACCGCUGCACCUGAUUCCACCGUGGUGGUCAUGUUCCACACCUAACCCAUUAGGAACAAAGCUGUAAGUAGGAGGGCUGGGUACUUCUCCCAGGACAGAAGGCAAAUCCUGUCCAACAUUGCGUUCCUCCCCAUCCUACGUCUGUGCACAGCAGAUAUGCUCCAAAAAAAAAGAAAAAGCACACAUGAGAGCAGAAGGUGUCAAAGUAAAACAGCUGCAUACCUUCCAAGAAAAGCCCGUGUUCUCUGAAGGAAUUCAAGCGGAGGUGCUUUAUUAAGAGAACUAGGCAGGACAAACAUUAACAUGGCAAGCUCGACCCUUCAGUUACUUGGCUUCUCCCUCAGCCUGCUUGGCCUAAUUGGGACAUUAAUUGCUACUAUUCUGCCACACUGGUGGCGAACGGCACAUGUAGGCUCCAAUAUUAUAACAGCUGUGACCUAUAUGAAAGGGCUUUGGAUGGAGUGCGUCUGGCACAGCACCGGCAUCUACCAGUGCCAAGUACACCGCUCCCAGCUGGCACUGCCCCGUGACCUCCAAGCUGCCCGUGCCAUGAUGGUAAUUUCCUGCGUCCUUUCCGCCCUGGCAUGCGUGAUUGCUGUCAUCGGUAUGAAGUGCACGCACUGUGCCAGCGGGACUUCUGCCAAAGCCUCCAUCGCCGUCUCCGGGGGGAUCGUUUUCAUCCUGGCUGGUCUCUCUUGCCUGGUACCUGUUUCUUGGACCACUAACGAUGUCGUUACAGAUUUCUACAACCCCGUGCUUCCCAGCGGGAUGAAGUAUGAGAUAGGACAAGCUCUUUACCUUGGCUUUGUCUCUGCCUCUUUGACGAUCCUCGGCGGCGCUCUGCUGUGCACAUCGAGCCAGUGCGGAGGGAACGAGACACCUUACCAGACGCAGCCCAACAGCAUGAGGAGGACUGCUCCCUCCUAUAAACCACCAAGUGUCUACAAGGGAAACCAUGCUUCUUCCCUGACAUCUGCUUCCCAUAGCGGCUACAGAUUAAAUGACUAUGUGUGAGUUCCCUGAGAUUUGCCUGCAGGACACAGCUGCUUUAUAAUUUCUGUGCAUGGCAUAAAACAAAGCUAAGAUGACAUCCCAUUUAGAAGGGUUACAAUACAAAGUUUACCAUUGUUCAUUUCUUCCUUUCUUUCUGGA